CCCAGCACGAGUCUCGAGACGCUGUCUUCCGUGAUUCAACACUCGCGUUUUGUCUGCAGUGGAACUUCUUUGUCCUUGCGCUUCAACUGGCUCUUCGGACCGGUGCGUUCUCGUUUUUCCUGGGUCAGGCUCCGUCGACUACUUCCACGAUCUUUUCCGUGGUCUGCAUGCACGCUUGACGGCGCAGAAAAGCGCGCUGUCUGUGUCAGCCUGCCUUGCAACGCACAAGAAGCCAACAACAUGCAGUAGACGCCACCUGAUUUUCUCUCUGCCGUUGCGGCUCUUCGUGUUCUGCGACGUCGCUUUCGAAGACAGCGAGGAUUCCGCGAGUUCGCCUCCUCCACGUCGUCCAUUCUGCCCCUGGAGGCGGCACCAGGUGUGCCGCGACCUAAGUUUUCGUCUGGGUCUCAACUCGCAGAGGAACGCCGUUUUCUUACCCUUUUUCGCUUCCUGGCUUUCCCAAGUCUUCGUCUUUCCUCUCAAACUCUGUACCUUUUUCUCUUUCCGCAUGCUUUUUCCGUCCCCAGGUCUUCUGGUCUUGCCCGCCGCACUCGUCGCCGCCGCUGCGCUGUCACCGCGGGUGUCUUCCCGUUUCUUUUCGCGGAUUUCCUUUCUCGUUCUUUUCGCCUCUUUUUCUCCUUUUCCCUCCGGGAACGCAAACGGUUUGCCUUGUUUCUAAUCGCCUGCUCAACUUUCGUUGCCCUCUUCUUUUCCGUCCGCUUUUUGGGGCUUUACCGCCACUGCUACUCGUGGUUUUCCUCGCUUCGAGUCAGAUGGAGCUUUGAGUCUCUCUCGCUGGCCGUGAUGGCGGCUUGCGUGUCUGUUCUCCUUUCUGAUGUUCCGCGGCCGACAACAGCGAGGACACAGCGGUGCCCCGACCUUGUUCUUUCUUUCCUCCUGACUGCCGUUCUUGCUGUCGCGCCUACUUUUUCGCCUUCCUUUCUGCGCCUCUCCUCGCUUUCACACGCGCUUUUCUUCGGUCCCAUCUGUACGCGUUUUCUCUCUGCAACGCGUUGCUCGUCUUUCUUGGAGAAGACGCUUGAAACUCGCGGAGAGGCAAGACGCGCCGGCACAACCCAGCGUGCACAACCCAGCGUGCAGAGCCUGCGUCCACCUAAGUGAGGGCAGCGCGUCAGCCUGAGCAGAAGUUCCACGGCGAGGUGCAGACUCGUGGUGGCGAACGAGGGACGCUUUCCUGUCCGAUUGGUGAGAAUCGGAACUGCGCGUUCUUGCCGGCCACUGCGGCAUCUGAAUCUCCCGCCUCCUGUCGCGCCCACAAGCAACAGGUCGGGGACACAGUGUACAGACACUCGAGAGGGAACCGGGCCGCGCGCGACUCCGGAACGGAGGAGGGAGAGGUGCAGGCGAACGCGACCGGCGCCUGGCGUUUUCGCGGUUGGAGGGAAGACAUGCCGCCAGUUGGUCGGAGAGCGGCAGGGAGAAAACGAGAGCGAAACAAGCGACAACAGAGAAGGUGACGAAGAAGAAGCAAGGGAGAUACACGAGAGACCGGAUUGGUUGUAUGCCUCUCUUAGACCAACGAAGCAAAGCGGGAGUGCUUGGCUCCUUCACGGCUACAUGCGCGACGAGGGGACAACAGACACAGAAGAUGGAGGAAGUCGGCGGUUCGUACUGGUCCAUGUUGGAAGAGGAGGAAGACCAUCAGCAGUGUCUCUCGGCUCUGUUGAGUGCGACGCCCUACGCGUUUGAGUCGCAGGGCUGCGGACUGGACUCUCCGUCGGCCUCUGGGGUGUCUGGCGAUGGGAUACAAAACAGAGAACUCUGCGCUUCAGAAAACGUGGAACUUCUGAGGGAGGCCGAGCGAGGAGACUCGGAGAACUCGGUUGCAGCGUCCCCGGCAGAGAGCGAAGCAGCUCGCGCAACUGCGGCUGCAGCCACUCUCGAACUCGUCCUCAACAGCGACCAAUUUAUGCAGGAGCUGCAUGCAAAGGAAACCGCUCUGAUUCGAUUCCUCAGCAGCCCGGUGGUGAUCAGCGAAUUGGUCCGCCUCCUCACCGUCCUCCCGGGGGAAGACGCGUCUUUCGCACAAAAGUUCAGCAGUCCAUACUACGCAGCCGAGGUCUUCUGCUCGCACGCUUCUCCGGUCAUUCUGGCGCUGUUGACGGAUCCGAGCUGCGCAGCUGCUCGGGACGCCUUUUGGAAUUUCCUUGCAAAUCCAGCCCCACUGAAUCCCGUGCUGGCGGGCUACUUCUCGCGGUGCUGGCAGUCUAUCGUCAAAGCUCACCCCGAAGAGGCAGUGAAUUACCUCGCUUCUCUCGGAGAUGCGCCGGACGCACUUGCGCGUCACCUCUACAGUCGCUCGAUUGCAGAUCUGUACAAAUGCAUCCUCUACGUCGAACAGUGCAUUCCGACGCUGAUUGAACCGAGCACGAUCAUUCCGACUCUCUUUCAGCUGCUGAAGCACUCUGCAGCGACGCGGCCCUCCCCGCGUCUCGCCUCUGAAGUGUCCGGAGGAACCGCCUGCAGCCCCCGAACGACGGACGCGAGGGUGUCCGCCGCCUCUCCGCGAGGAAGCGUCCAGGAGCCUUCGUCGCUUGUCGAGGUCUCUGCGGCCGGCGACGCAGAGGCCAACCAAGCAGACGUCAUGUGCGGCCUCGAGGGCCAAGUCUGCGUGACUCUUGUGGCGCGCGAGCUGAUAUAUCAGAGACUUUUCAUUUCGUACUUCCCUGUUCUUCUGAGAGACCUGACCAGCGAGCGCGUCCUCCUCCAACUCAUCGACAUGGUAACCUCGGAGUGCGCCUCCUGCGUCUCCUCGGGAGUGUCGAUUUUGACGGAUCUGCUCUGCUGCACUUGUGUGGGAGACAGCCAGAUUUCCGAGGUUUGCGGAGGGCCUUCUUCAGACCCGCCAACGCUCGGCGCCCUGAUGGACUGCACAGACGCAGCGGCCUCCGAGGCCGCAGAUGGCGGCGAAGUCGCGUUUGUGCAAGUUGGGGAGAACGGAGGCGAGGAGCGGCAAAUCAGCGGCGCGGAGCGAGACUCGGAGACCGGACGAGACGGCGGCGCGCGAGAAGGGGAGACAGGUCGGGGAGGAACGGCAGAAGAAAAACAGGAACAGACGGACGAAGGGAAGGCAGGCAAGAAGGAAGAAAGGAGGGAGGAAGGAGCGGAGGAUGCAGAGAAGAAGAGACGCGAUUUAGAGUCCAGGGAACACUUCGCCGACCGCCGUGAGGGGGGUUUGGGUGCUUCCAGCGAAGGCGACGCGUCGGAUGUCUCGACAGCAGACGAGAAGAGAGAGGCAAAAGAAGAAGAGGGGAGAAACAACGCGUCUCGAGAGGAAGAAACACAGAAGCAGCCACCUUCGGAUUCGUCUUCUGCGCCGCGGUCCUCAGCGGCCGUCUCUGCCGCUGCGCGAGAUGGGCUCGCGGCAGAGACGGGAGAGACAGUCGGGGAGGAGGACGUCUCUUCUGCGUUUCGCUGUCUUGGCGGGACCUCCGAUGGGGAGUCUCAGCGGACACACGGGGAGGCCAACCAGGAAAAGUCAGAGAGAAGCGUCCACACUCUUUCUGGAGAGCAAGAGUGCGAAGAAAGCGACUCGCGGACGACGCCGGAAUUCAGCUUCCCAGUCGAAGAUGAAACGCUCGCGGCUUCCGUCGUCGCGAAGGAAGACCGAAAGUGGAUCGAAGAGCUCGAAGCUGGCGAGUUCGUCGAGCUGUACAUACACCCCCACGUCGACCGGCUGAUGGCGAAACUGACUGCGUGUUGCGGCUUCGAGGAGGUCCCUUCUGAUGAGGAAGUCGGGGCAGACGAAGACCUCGAAAGAGAACACAAAGAAACCCCCACUGAACGCGUUAAAGGCGUCCUCCCCUCUUCUUCUCCCUCUUCUUCUUCUCUGCCUUCUCCCUCUUCUUCUUCUCUGCCUUCUCUGCCUUCUCCCUCUUCUUCGCAGGCGGCUGCGCGUCCCGUAGAGUCGUCUGGAGGUCUGUCUUCUGCGUCCAUGUUUCGUCCUCGCUGGAGGCUGAAGAAGACGAGGCGUCCGUCUGCUGGAGUUGCGCGUCUGGCGAACGGCGUUUUUCCCGCGGUCGGAAUGGAGACGCUUGAGUUGCUGACGUUGGUCAAGUCUUUGCUAAAGAGCAACGCUGUGAAGACGGCCUCCGCGUUGCUGGAACGAGGGGUGCUCGACCUCGCAGUCGAACUCCUCUUUCUCCAUCCGUGGAACACACUUCUUCACCUCACGGUUACCGACAUGCUGCAGUCUCUGCUGCACCGUGGCGAUUCCGAAGGCGCCCGCCUUCUUCUCCGGACUCGGCUUGUGCCGCUCCUUGUCACUCACUUUCAGCGGAAGCGCGGCGAUCGAGAGUCGGCGCGGCGAGAGAGCUCUCGCGAGCGUUUGGGGUCCGGGACCAGCACAGAAGGAGACAGGCGACGGAGAGAGACGGACGGGGAGGACGAGGGGGAAGGCGGCUGCAGACGCGGCAGACAGAAGAAAGAAAGACGCGAGACCUGCGGAUACACCGCACACCUGCUCCAAGUUGCUCAGCUGGUCGGCGCCACGCUCGAGGCGAAACCGGAGCUCAUGGACCUCCUGCCGCUCAGCUGGCAGCAACAGUGGGAAGCUGUGGUCGGCGAGUUGCUGUACUACCAGCAGAUGAUCCUCAACGAGGAUCCGGGGAGUUUGGACUUGGAAGAAGGCGCGCUGACGACGCUGCCAGCUGUACGAACACUGGAGGACGGAUUCGGCGGUUCUGGGGUGUACACGCCCAAGGUGGGAUUCGAGGAAGAAGAGGGUGGCGACUCGGCUUUCGCCGUGCAAGACGCAUGCGCGAAUUCUUCGCACUUCGUAGGAGUCACCUCUGACAGCGCGAAUGCGUCCUCGAGCGCCUGUCUCUCUUCCGGAGCUCGGUCUCUCUCUGCAGCUGCUGAGAACGCCGCACCGACCAACCGAGAACUUGAGAUUUCUCUUUCUUAGGAACAAAGACCUGCGGCGGCCUCGGCCUUUCACACGAUCCGCCAGGACUCCAUCGCCGUCGAGCACCUGAAGGCAGAGUCUCCCGUGCUGGGGUGUACAGACACCUCGACACGAGGGGGAGACGAAGCCGGAAAGUCUGCAGCCUUCGGACUGCGUACAGAGGAGAGAGACGAAGGAUGGUGUGAGUGGAAACAAGGAGGAAGCUGUGAAGAGUCGCGGCUGGAGAAGGCGGAGGAGGGUGAGCACUGGGAAGACUAAAAGGUGGAAACACGGGGAAAAGAAGGCAGUCUGAAGAGCGAACGCGGGGAAAGAAGCACCGUGUGAGAAGGGUGGAGGUUUCGGCAAGGACGAAUGAGAAUUUUCUGAGAAAAAGACUUCCCUUUUUCGUUCCUGGCUUCUUCUGAUCCUUCAUUCUCUUCUUAUCACGGCCAUGAGAGUUUCCUAGUGUUUUCUCUCUCGUCUCCUAAAGCUUUCCGGACAAGCGAGGACGCAGGGAGAGUUUCGAAACAGCAGGUGACAUGCGUCAAGCUCCAUAAUCGCAUCUGCAGGGGUCGGGGCUGUUGGCGGCAGAACUGAUUCUGAGAGGUCUUUUUGCGCGUCACAAGAGAGUUGUUCAGGUCUCUUUUUCACCACACAGUCCUUCCUUUCGUGCAUGCGCUCCACUGAGAGUCUCCCACGAAGAAGGCCGCAGCAGAUUCCAAAAGAAAGAACAGAAACACCUGUAUGGCUGCGGUUGGAACCGAAACCACGUAUUCGAUCUGACAGUUUUUUUUCCUGAUUCCUAGCUGACUCUGACUCUCGUUCAGGGAGGACUGAUCCAAAGCGCCGCGAAUCCCAGAGUCCCUGAUUAUCUUUGUGAAAAACCUGCGUGGAGUUCCACUCGGUCUUCUCUCCCCCCCUUCUUCGCUGCUCUGAGACGCCUUCGUCUUUCCGGUGGAAUUCUUCCUCCCGGCGUCUCGGCUGCUCUCUCCUGCACAUGUUUCCUGCCUUCGUCUCUCCUCUCUGAGUUUCUCUGCUCUGCAAUGCAGCCUUCUCCUCGCUGGCGCCGUCGUCAGUCUGCGAGGCUGCUGAAAGCACGCACUAUCGAGCGUCUGAGCUGCGCUCUGCGCGAAAGCGAUCCCUUGCAAAGAGGAGGAAUCCAGCCAACUCGACGUCGUAGUCGGGAAACGCCUCUAUCAUGCAAAGGAAAUGCAUUUACCUGCUGCAGUAACGCAGUUGCUAGCAGAAGCAUG